AUGGCACGCAAGCAUCACAAACUGGAAAGCGCCAAUGACGGCAGCUCGACAAAGCAACACCACAGAGGCGCCCACAAGGCCUACCAAAACCUGCUGGGGCUGGCUCAAGCAAAAGCCUGCGCAGAUGCUAAGCAAACACUCGACCACGAGCUGGAAGUCGGUCGCGCAGAGCUGAACCUCAAGCUUAAAGGAGAAUCUGAGACCGUUCGCGCAGAGCUGAACCUCAAGCUUAAAGGAGAAUCUGAGACCGUUCGCGCAGAGCUGAAGCACAAGCUUGAAGGGGAAAUGGAGACCGCUCGCGCAGAGGAGGAGCGCAAGCUUGAGAGGGAAAUGGAGACCGUUCGCGCAGAGAAGGAGCGCAAGCUUGAGAGGGAAAUGGAGACCGUUCGCGCAGAGCAGAACCGCAAGCUUGAGGAAGAAUUCCAGAUGGGUCGCGCACAGAACAAAGCGCGUUUGGACAAGCAACUUGAAUCAUCAUCAGCUGCACAGGCCCUACGAAUCACUACAGCCCAAAGGGAAGCAGAGAGGCGCAUGGACCACGAGCUCAUGGUGGGUCGCGCAAGCAUUCAAGAGCGCCUGAAAGUAGAGGCGCAACAAGCAUUGGAUCAAGAGUUCCAGAGGCGUUUGCCUGAGGUGGAGGAGUCGCUGUUUCAGACUCUGGGGGACCUUGUGAGGAAGUUUCGAUCGGCGCAAACUGAGCUAGAUGGUAUCAAAACUCAGAUCGAGCAGUCCAUGGAGGGAGCGAGUCGCGUCAUCAUUGACACCGACAUGGCGCCGGCAACGGCGGAUCGAGAAGACAAUGCCCAUCGAGAAGACAAUGCCGAUGCUCAGUCGGAGGUGUCUGAGCCACCGCCCCAGGAGGCAGCAGAGCUUGGAUCGGUCUGCAGUGACGGAGGGAUCAAGUCUCCAGCCUUCUUUCCUCCCACUCCCCCAGGGUUCUGGGAGAAUAUUGAGAAACUCACCAAGGAAGCCAAGACAAGCAAGCUCUUUCAUGAACCGUUCAGAGGGGAUCUCCGUGCUGGUGAGCAGCUGCCCAGCUCAUCGAAGAUCAAUCUGGACGAGGUGGACCGCGCCCUUGAAAGCAUCCGUGACGAGCAGCUGAAAGACGCCAGCAAGAAGACGUCUUGA